GUCAGCUUUCAGUCGGACACUAUUAACACCCGAGAACACGGAUCUCGGUAUUAACCCGCCUGACGAAAAAGCAGAUUCUGCAAUCAGCCCUUUCGACAAUGGCGUCCCAGGAAGGAUCACACCAACUCUCACCUCGAGGAGGCCGGACCUCUUCCCAUACCCCCAAUAGUGAGACCUUCUCUAAGUCGAGCUCGGUGGAGCGAGAGUUCGAAGAACGUCGCUUACACUUACCAGUCAACAUGCUUGACCCAUUCCGUCCUACCCUUCCCUCGACUUACAUCCCUACCGCUUCUGAAGUGUUCAACGGCCCGCUGCUCUUGCGAGUCCGAGAUUUUGACCCUGAUCUGCGUCUCGAUUCAGACGAAUUUGCUCGAGAACAAGCCGCUUUUGAAGCCUUUCAGUCGAGCUCCCAAUGGGACGGUGGUCUGAACUAUGACAACGCUCCCAGUCACAAUCAGCAAGCUGCCGUCAUGAAAGCCGCAGACGCAGACGCAGACGCAGACGCAGAAUAUGAUUUGGAGUACCCUCCGGCGCUGACCGAGGCAUCGUCCAACACCAGCUCACAUUUGCACCGUUCGCCAGUCAACUUCAGUGAGGAUUUUAACUUCAACAAUUUGGACCAACCUCUCCCCAUAUCGGAUGAGAGCAUGUUCGAAUUCGUCCACUUGGACGACUUCUCCCCCAACGGCGACGACCAACAUUCUCGUCAAACCCGCCCCGAACAGUCCAAAGUGUCCGAUCUCAUCACCCCAGUCGACCAAGUGCAAGUGCGAGGACGAGGACGAGAUUACUGGAGCCAACCCUUUCCCUCCCCUCCGUCGACCAACCCAUGGAUCAUACCCGAAACUGAGCGUCACGUCCACUCUCCAGAUGAGUACGACCUCCCACCACUCAAUUUCAGCUACAUCCCAGAGGUCGACGACUAUCUCCUUGUCAACGCACCUCUUCCUCCUACCCAGCCGGCCAUAGCCCUGAGUAUCCGUACGGCGAUCACUCCCAGCGGCGCUGCCACUGCCACUGCUCCCAACCAGCCUGACAGCGAUUCUGACUAUCCGUCGUGGGUUCUCACCGAGCAAGACCGUCGACGCUACCGCGAUCGUUUGGCUCAACGUCGUUACCGCGCUCGCAAGCGAGCUGCUCGACAGCAACAAGAGGAAGAAGAGGAAGCCAUCAAACUCGAACGCGAACGCGAACGCGAACGCGAACGCAACACCGCCAUCCCCGUCGGCAUGCGCCACUCACGACCGCUCCGUCCUCUCGCGCGCAAGCCCACCCCAUACCCGACGACGGCAGCCCCGCUCGUCCCGUUUGAAGAGGACACCUACCACCCUCAUGCCGGCAUGAGCCACAAUCCCAACGUGACCUCAUUCGGCAUCACCAACACUCCCCUCUAUCGCACCUACCCAAACGACGGGAACAUCGCGUUCGCGUACUGGCACGACCACCCUCUCCAACAGCACGCCGCAGCCCCUGGACCACCAGCGCCCCCAUACUCGAACUCCCCUGCUUCACACUUCGAAGUCAGAUACGCAAAUGCACCUGCACCUGCACAAGAUUCUGCUGUCAGCCUCGAACCCGAGGUUGAAGCAGCAGCGCGACGCGCCGUCCGCUUCAACUCUCCUCUCGUCACUGAAGUGUAUCAUAUCCGCAGAUGA